AAAAACUACAGAGUUUGCGCACUACGUUCAGGUCUGAUCAAACAGAACAGUCACUAGAGGCCGGAACUUUCGUCGAACUAGUGAUCCAAUUGGUCUGUGAUUAUGAGAACUCUGGAAACUUUGUCGAUUAGUCACAUUUUCAACCUACUUAUUUUGAUCCUGUGCAUUCUCCAUACAAUGCCGGUUGUCAGUAAAGAAAUUUAUGUCUCUCGCUAUCAUGGUAACAAUCAGCCUUCUUGUGGUGAAACAAUGAAGACAGCAUGUAAAUUUAUUGCUCUUGGUAUUGCACAUGCACAGUGGAACGAUACUAUCUAUAUUGAUGGCACUGAGACAUCACGUGAUCCAUACCCAUGCUUACCGACGACGUCGCAGCUAGAUGGAAUUUACGUCAACAAAAGUUUAUCCUUGAGACGAUUCGGCAAAGAUAAGGUAUUCAUUAGAUGCUCAUCUUUGAGGCGAAUUACCUUAGAUGGCAGAAACACAUCGGACAAGGUGAUUAUUUACCUGGAUGGAAUUGCUUUUAUUGAUAGCUCUAUCGCGGCUAGGAUGAGCUCGCUUUAUGUUAAAAAUUGUAAUUUCAUCGGUGCUAAAUCGUUAUCAAACGCAUCGGCCGUUGUUGAUUUUAAGACAUUCAAUGGGAACCAUUCUUUGCUUAUCGCCAAAUCUGUUUUCAGCAACAAUUCUCUUCCUUGUGUCCGUGUCAUUGGGAAUUACCUCAGACUAGAAGUUCUUGAUACGGUGUUUAGCGAGAAUAACGCAUCGUGGGAAGGUAAAGUGAAAAUGGUGGACGUGGCCGUGUUCAUGGUUUCGGUAUCAUGUAUCAUAAGGUGUGCUACGUUUAUGACAUUUUACAAUGUCUCCUUCAUAAGAAACUUUGCGCCGAACGGAGGAUGUUUGCAAGUCAAAAAUGUUGAUAACGUGAGCGGUAGAGUGAGGUAUUUCAGAGAAACUAAGUACUUGGGCCAUAUUUCGCAAGCGCAUUCUGGAGAUCAUAACUCUUUUCAUUCAACGUGGGGAUACGUUUCCGUGUCUGUGGCCAAAGGAAGGUUUCUUCAUAAUGUCGGGGGAGCAGUCUUUGUUGGCGGGAAGUUAGGCCUCGUAAAUAUUUCUGCCGUGCAUUGUGACUUUACCAAUAAUAGUUCUCCGCUAAGUGGAGGGGCCAUGCUGGUUGAGAGCAGCCGUAAAUUUUACCUGCAAAUUAAAGAGUGCAAAUUUGUGGAAAAUAGCGCAAAAAAUGAUGGCUCAGCGAUAUACAUCCUAGCAGUUGAUUUUAAAGCAGCUAAAGGUUUUAUUCUGAUUGAAAAUGUUCUUUUUCAAAAAAACAUCCUACGAAAACCUAAUUUUAUCGAGGAUUCUCUCUUGGGUGGUACUCUAACAGUUUCCGUAGAGCCUGCUAACCUUCAAAUCAAUUUAGUGAAUGCUUCGUUUUUGCAUAAUAAGGUUGACAUGGGAAGCUCAACGCUAUACUUGGAUGCUUCAUAUUCAGAUGUAACGAUUGUUGAUUGCAAUUUCCAUGGAAAUUCACAGGAUAAACGUUCCCAUUACAUCUGGACAACCAUUCUUAUUUUCUCCGUUCAUCUAAAGUUCACCCUAAUCAGAUCCAACUUCUCCGAAAAUAUCGGGAGACCUACUACAGCUUAUAAUGAUACAUUGGCAGGAAAGCCGGUAAAUUUCUUCGCGAGCGCAACUUAUAAAGCAAAUAUAACCAUAACUGACUUGUUGUACACAAACAAUAGUGGAGGAGGAAUGCUUUUUAAAUUGGGCUCAGAUGAAGCAAGUAACUCAACAUUUUCCCUGGCGCAGUCGAUCUUUGAAAGCAACCAAUAUUUCUCCAUGGAUAUUAGGGCGUCUACAGGCGCCCAACUUGUAAUAAGAAACGUAGUGUUCUCGGCAAAUGAGUUUGAAAGUUCUGUUCUCCGAAGCUUAGCGUUGGUCUUCUUCUAUAUUGAAAAAGAAGGAAAUAAGGUAAAGAUGGAAGAGGCAACCUUUAAACACAAUUUCAUACAAGGCAGGAUCUUACGCUUUCGAUUAUCGCCCGACGAAAAAGAUCCUCUGGCGUGUAAAAUUCCAAGAUGGAUCUACAAAAACUACAUCCAACUCGUUAAUGUUGGCUUUGACAAAAAUAGCGCCGAUACCUCGGUCCUGCAUUUGGAAAACGGCUACAAUAACCUCAGAAACGUUCGAUUUGUAGACAAUUCAGCUACUUACACUCUAUUUGGUUCAGAGGGCUCAACCAGUCUUGACUUGGUCGACACAUCUUUUGAUCAGACGAAAACAUGGCAAAAUGGAGUGACCAUCCAUGGAGAAGUUGUGACUCCUUCCUUUACAGGAUUCAUAUACUGGGCGAGUUCAGGACCAAUCAAUCUAUUAAACACGACUCUCUCCGUUGAGUCCUCUCAGGACAUCGAUGUUUAUGUUAUGGUCGCGGGGGCAAGCAAAGCAAAGAUGGAUGAUACAUCGGUCAUUCAGUGUCCAGUUGGAACAUUGAAAAAAGAGGUAAAUCUCGAUCAUUCUCGUAUCGUUUCAAACAAAGCUUGUCCUGACGGCUUUUUUAACACCAAGUCAGAGUCCUUUAUUUUCAGUUGCAAACGAUGUUCUCCAGGUUUCUACAGUGUAGAGCCGUUUGCCAAAAAGUGUCGACCGUGCCCAUUUGGUGGAAACUGUACAACUGAUAUUGCCGCGAAACCUACAUUUUGGGGAUUUCCUUUGUUGUCGGAUCACGGCACUGUCGGCUUUAAAGAGUGUCCGAUGGGUUACUGUUGUCCCUAUCGAAACAUCAGCUGUCCCUAUGAUAACCAGAAUUAUUUGUCUUCAGGCUGUUCUGGAAACCGUACUGGGUUUCUCUGUGGACAAUGUAAGUCUGAUUACACAGAAACUCUUUUCUCUUCACGAUGUCAAACCAAUGAUGAGUGUGCAGACUACUGGUUCUGGCUUGUCGUCUUUUUCUACAGCUUGACAUUUGCUUUCCUCCUUGUUUGGAAGUAUCCAGUCAUAUGUCUUAUUCAACGGCUAUUGCCAUGGAAAAGAACAACACAAGCAAGUAGCACUUCACCCUCUUCCUCAAACGGUGGUGGAUACAUCAAGGUAGUCUUCUAUUUUUAUCAGGUGGCCAAUUUAGUAUUCAUGUCGGAAGCCUUUAAGAUCCAUUUAGAGGACAACUACUUGUUGACUCCAAUAAUUGGUUGGUUCGACUUUAAAGCUAUCUCUUCGAGUAACGCACUGAUCUGUCCAAUUCGUGGACUCACAGUCACUUUGAAAAUAUUCUUGGAGGCCUCUCAAGUCCUUGUUGUGCUAUUCUGUGUCCUAAUCAUUUUCCUUUUUCAUGGAGCACUUAGGAAAAUAAAUAAACAAUCUCCGUCUUUUCCCCCCUCUGGUCAGUAUCUGAGUGCCACAACAGAAUGUCUUCUCCUUGGCUAUUCAGCACUAGCGAGGGGAGCACUUAAAGCCUUGAACUGCGUUGAAAUUCAAUCAACGCUCCGCUUUUUUUAUGAUGGAAAUGUCCAGUGCUGGUGUUGGUGGCAGAAACUUUGCGGACUGUUUCUUACUGUUUUCAUUAUUCCAUUUGUCUUAGUCUUGUACCUUGGAUCUCAUUUGCUUAACAAUAAAUCAAUAUCCUCUGGGCAGUUUGUAUGUGGUUGCACCUUUCCUUUGCCUUUCGCUGUAAUGUGGGUCGUUAAAUACAGGAGGAUUUGCAAAGAUUCAGGAGCCAUAGUUAUCAGAAGCGAAGAGACAUCUUCACUUCUUCGGGUUUCAGACUCAUUGAACAGUGCUGAGAAGUCUUCCUCUUUUGACGAAUCUCUCAACCAAUGUCAAGCAAAAUCAUGUAGCAUGGUAGAAGAUGUUCUUUAUGGCCCUUUCAGGAAAUCUUACGACGACCGCGGUGCUGGUGCAGUGUACUGGGAAAGCGUUUUAAUCGCUCGACGUUUGGUUAUGAUCUGCCUCCACACUUUUAUUGUUUUCCCUUUCAUAAGGAUUGUAUGUUUAAGUAUCACGUGUGCUGCUAUUCUUGCCUACCAUAUUUGGAAAAAGCCAUUCCAGGACUCACGUGUUAAUCAUGCGGAAACAGCAUCAUUGGCGGCUCUUCUUCUAUUGGCGAUCAUAAACAUGGCUGAUUUAGCACUUGGUAUCAAUGGAGAGGGUCUUUCAGCGCAGGAACAGAUUUGUAUGACUGUGCUACAUAUCGUGGAAAUCAUCAUCUUGGGAGCAGUUCCCCUGGCACUUGCUCUUAUGAUUGUAGUCUUUGUCCUGUGGCGGUUGUUCAAAUUUAUCCUUAAUUCUUUGGUAGGAUGCCAUAAAUCAAUUGCAGAGUAUAUCAGAAACAGAAAGGCAUAGUUUUUUUUGUUAACAAAGGCGAUCUUUAAUUAUCUGAGGAAUUUUCAUGGUCAUCUUAUUUCCAAAACGAACCCGUUGAAUUGUUUCAAAAAUAUAAGGAAUUGUCGUUUCAUUACAAAUGCAAUCUACUGUAGCAGGUACUUUUCAGCAAAAGUUACAAUUAUAAUUUUACAUAAACUUGGCUUAAUCUAGAGAAAUUGAGUCUGAGACCAUUUGAAUGUGAACUAGCAGUUAUGAAAUUU